CAUUGCACCCACCACCAUAAACUGUUUACAAAAGUUCUCCUCACGCGGAAGCACUAACUUGCGUGAAUUUUUUCCGACAUUAGUCGUGUAGUAAGCUCUUCGAACCUAAUUAGUAACUUGUUGAGAAAUUAUUGCUUCGUCAAAUGUUACUAAUAACUCACUCUGAUUCCUUGACAGAAAAUUCAAAUAAUUUUUUUUGUGAAUACGGGCGCGAUUUGUUUCUUGCUUUUCGGUCAGCUGAUGCACACGAGUUUUCCGACGAAGUCGUUUUUUCAAAAUCUUAAUUUCUCUUUUCACUCAACGCUUAGACACCCCAACCUUACGUAAAAUUUCCCUUUGGGUCGGUGGAGUGUCUUUUGAGGUCAAGAGGUCACUUUUCCUAAGCACGGUCGGAAUUCGCACUUUUUUUGUCUUCUUUUAGGGGGUGGUGGUUGCCCUUAACUCAAAAUUUCUCGCCUUUCACCUAUAUUUUUCAAUACCUUAUUAAUUCUAGAUUUCGAAACCGUUUUCUCUUCACUUUUAAGAUAUUUUGUUAUUCGGCUGUACGAGGACUUAAGUUUGGAAAGAGUUUUUAUGACUGUCUCGACUUCUGGCGGCUGUGGGGGAGGCAUUUUUGAAAGUAGAGGGUUGAAUUUUUGCACACACCUAUCUGAGGAUAACAUGCUCCUCUGUUCAAAAUUUUGACCCGCUACGACAUACCGUUCCGGGGUUAUUCAACGACAAAAUCGUUAUAUUUUAAGCGCCUGACCCUGUAUGGUGUAUGGAAGAGCGAAUUCGCUUUCUCCCAACCAAAACAACAAAAAAUACUUUCACUCACACUUCAUUUUUUUGUAUUUCAUUUAUUGUAAAAAUUUAACGGAUACAAAUUUUGGUGUGCACUUAAUUAAUGCGUAACUAGUUAAGAUCUAUUUUAAAAACUUUUGGAGAGAUUCUCACAUUCUAAUGCCAACUUACUUAUAAAUAUCUUUAAAUAAGAAGUUGAACAAAGUUUCCUUCUACUCCUAUUUGAAAUCCACGUUAGUAAGCCGUCUGCCUUCUCAUGUCGCCGACUCUGACAGCCAAUUCUCACGUAGACACCGAGGCGCACGAAUUUGUCUGGAAUAUCGACAACUUCAACUUCCUCUCAAAUGAUAAGAAUUUCCUGGACACGCACGCUUUCCUCUUCACGGCCGGCUCCAGCCUCGGCGUACCUUCAAAAUGGAGACUCUACUUUGCACGAAAUUCCGCUCUAUCGUGCACAACGCUAUGCUUCCAAUUGGUCGAAUACAAUGGCACGGACCAGGUUCCCGUCACCCUCGAAGUCAUCGUGGACAAUGGACCUCGAAGCAAAUUUGAAUACAAAAUGGACAUCCACUACUUCGCCCCAACCUGGGCUAUCCAAUGUGAUGAUUUUUUAGGCUACUAUAAAGAGAAAAACUUGAAUGCUCCAUGGAUGCGGAUGCAGAACUAUCCAUCAGGCGUUUUUACACUCCCCUCGAUUUGUAAAACACUUGGCAGAGACACGUUAAAGCUGAUCAUUAACGUUCGGGUUUUUGGCAAGCCCACCUUUACGGCUAAUGGAAUUCUUUCCUCGUCAUCUACUACUUUGGAGAUGGAGCGCGAAAAAAGUGUCCAGCGUCAUAAGAAGGUCAUACUCGCCAUGCUGGAAAGCGGGGAUCGGUCCGAUGUGACCUUUGAGACUAGGGAUGACCAACGCGUUACUGCACACAGGCUGAUCCUAUCCAUGCAGAGCACCGUUUUUGCAGCCAUGUUCGCCUCCGAAAUGAAGGAGAAGGUUGAAGGUGUCGUCAAACUGGACGACAUUGGGGGCGACGGGGUCAAAAUCUUGUUGAAAUUUCUCUACACUGGAGAACUGGAUGAAAAAUGGAGCGAAUUUUAUGAAGAGAUUGUCAACGCAGCCAAUAAGUAUCAAAUCAUGUCCUUGAUGGAAAUGUGCGGCAAGCUGCUCCCGACUCUGGUCUCAUGGGAAAAUUGCUUCGAGCUCUUGAAUCUUACCGAAUUGUAUGAUAUGACUGGUGCGAAGGAGGAGAUUGAAAAUUUUAUGAAGAGCGAUCCGGAAAAAUUGCUUCAGCUUUGUCGUUCUUCACAUCCUCCGAAGCGUCCUCGUUAUACUGAAUUUUUGACAAAAAUGUGAUUUUCCUUACGUUCUUACUUAUUUUUACUUUGACAUUGUGUAGAAAUUUAGAGUUUUGUUAUUUGAUCCUCCUUCCGUCUUUCAUGUCCCUGUUAUCAAUAAAACUUUUAGUGAUAACAAACAAAAGACAGUAUCAAUGUGCAUAUAAGUACUUAAGCCAUAAAUGGAAAUAUUAGUAUUUUUAUACAUUUUUUUAAAUUAUUCCUUAACUUGGUAAUAAAUCAAUAUGUAUAAAUGGAAAAUAAAA